GCUGUAUACGUGGUCCAGUUAUUCUGCAGGCAGGGUUUUUAGUUCUCUUUUUAUGAACACACCAUUUGUAUGUGACUUUUAUGUGGAUGAUCUUUGUGACUUCCUCCUGUGAUGUAACAUUUGUCACUAUAAUUAUCCUGCGGGAAUUUCCCAGGGGCAGUGAUCUCACCUCUCUAUCUCUCCGGGGAUAACAGAUCUACUGCAGACCGGUGAGGAGAACGCCAUACGAGACGGGAAAACAGAGGAUCUGAUCGGGAAGGUCUCCCUGGCAUGGACGGUGCCCGCUGACCCACACCCACCUUGGGAAGAGAAGAUGCGGGCGAGGGCAGAUGAUUGACAGACUUUACGACCAGUCAGAGUAUUAAUCAAGGACCCCGCUGGAUUUCAGGACCCCGCUGGAUUUCAGGACCCCGCUGGUUUUCAGGACCCCGCUGGAUUUCAGGACCCCGCUGGUUUGUGCCGCAUGUCAAGGGGACGCCAUGGAGCAAGAGCGAGACACGGACGAUUUCUUGAUGUACUUCAUCCUGAUGGAGAAGGUCCCGGUGGGCAACCGGACCAUGGAGCCGGGCAAACUGUGCUACAUGAGUGAGGAGUCGUAUCUCCAGAGGGUGUCCGGGGACCACAACCCCACCCAGUCCCUCAACGUCCACUUCCUAGAGGAGGGCGCUAUGGUGGAGGUGGACGUCAACGUCCUGCACCCCCUGAUGAGGAGACAGGCCGCCCUCCUACUGGCCAUCACCAACCCCACCGAGAGGCUCAGCUGCUUCCUGGAGAGGGGCCUACUGGACCAGGCGGUCAAGGCAGAGGUGGGCCAGCGGGUUCUGGUGGAGCAUGAGCACAAGCUGUACCCGGCCUUCAUACACUACGUGGGCAACUUCCUGGACAGCAGCGCCCUACUGCCUCCCAUAUACUUCGGGGUGGAGCUGGAGGGGGAAGGCGAAGGGCGUGGCAAGAUUGACGGCACUUAUAGGGGGGUGACCUUCUUCAAAUGUAAGCAGAACAGCGGCCUGCUCUUACCCUUCAACAAGGUCAUUUUCUCCGGAGCCGCGCCCUCAGACAGUCUGGGGUCCCCCUCGGUUCAGACCCGGGCGCUGAACCCCGUCAAUCAGGGGGACAAAGUCUCCUUCUUUGUGGAUGACAAGUUAAAGCGAGGGCUGGUCAUAUUCAACAAGAUGGCGGACGGCUACGUGGAGGUGCUACCGGAGGACAGCACCUCCAGUACACUGAUGAAGAUCCCCCUGGACUCCAUUGUGAAGGAAGAGAUCACUUCAGGUAGAGCUCCUGGCGCGGCCUCCAUGUUUAGGGAACAGAAGAGCCCCAACGACGGCAAACUGAAAGAAGAGCUUUUGGCCAGAAACCUGGAAGUGGAUUCUCUGGUACAGAUUCAGUACAAGGAAGGGGAAAUGGCCUAUGGGAUCAUCCGAUGGUUGGGGUAUCUUCCACAAAUAGAGGACGCCAUGGCCGGGGUGGAGCUGGAAGAAGAUAAAGGUUGCACCGAUGGCUGCUGGCAGGGGCGCCGCUAUUUUUGCUGCGGCCCGAAACGAGGAAUUUUUGUCAAGCUGAAAGCCUGCCAGCCGGACACCCGCUUCCUGGCUAGCAAAGACUGUGAGCCAAAGAGCCUGGAGGUUGAGGGGCACAAUAGAGAGGAAGGUUACCGGAUCCCCGGGAAGGUCCCCCCGCUGACGGGAAGUUCCGCUGUGGAUAUUUUACAAGGUGAUAUGAAGGGGAUACAAGGCCACUGUAACUCGUGCUACAUGGAUGCUGCCCUCUUCAGCCUCUUCUCCUGUAGCUCAGCGUUGGACUCUCUACUCUUCAAACCGGCAUCCCACCCAGACAAAGAGAUCCAGAGGACCCUCCGAGAGGAGAUCGUCAACCCUCUGCGCAAGAUCGGCUACGUCUCUGCGGACAGCGUGAUGAUGCUGCGCCAUCAAUUGAUGCAGGAGAGUCAGUGCCCCAGCUUCACCACCUCGGAGAAAGACCCGGAGGAGUUCCUGAACCUGAUCACACAGCGAAUCCUCAGAGCCGACCCUCUGCUGAAGCUGCAGUCGAGGGAUCAAGGCGUCCAGGAGUGUUACUGCUACCAGAUCUUCAUAGAGAAGCAGCAGGAAAUGACCGUUCCCAAUGUCCAGCAGCUUCUGGAGCAAUCCUUCCACCACUCCCACCUCAAGCUGGCCGAGGUCCCGUCGUGUUUCAUCAUCCAGAUGCCGCGUUUCGGAAAGGAUUACAAGAUGUUCAGUAAGAUUGUUCCCUCCCUGGAAUUGGACGUCACGGAUCUGCUGCUGGAUAAUCCCCGGGAGUGCAUCGUGUGUGGACAAUUGGCCGUCUAUGAAUGUUCUGAUUGUUUCAAGGAUGAUCUCCUCUCCCAGCAGGGCCUGAAGCAAUACUGCGCCCUCUGCUGUCAGCAGGCUCACAGCCAUCGCAAGCGGAAACAUCACAUGCCCCUCCCCCUAAGGAUCCCCGACUCCUUCCUCCAAUCACAGGGGACCGGGAAGAUCCCCCGGGAGACUCUGGAGCUGUUUGCUGUGCUGUGUAUAGAGACCAGUCACUACGUGUCUUUCGUGAAGUACGGGGUGGAGAAGGGAAGCUGGAUGUUCUUCGAUAGUAUGGCCGACCGGUAUGGUAGCGAAAAUGGCUACAACAUCCCCCGAGUCAGCCUCUGCCCCGAGGUGGCCACUUACCUGGCUUCUCCGCUGAAAGACCUCGUCAACCAAAACCCCCGCGAGAUGAAAGGCGUGGCCAAACGCCUCUUCUGCGACGCCUACAUGUACAUGUACCAGUCCAAGAGGAUGGCGCUCUACAAGUGAGACAAAGUGACGCCGUCGCCGCCCGCUCGCCGUUACUUCUCAGGAUCUUCUGGGAAAGUUGGAGGACUUCUAAGUGCGAUGAAAACGGCGUUCUCCGCCAAGCGUUUGUUAAUCUGGGGAAAAAAAAUCGAAUGGAUAGAAAAUUGCUGCUUCUACCAAAAUAAGACUCGAGCCUCGUACACGCGGUCGCAUUUUCAUCGGACAAAGCGUAGGAUUUUUUGACGACUCCGAAGGGCGUUUGGCCGCGAACUUGUAUCGCAUACCAAACGGUCAAAGAAUUGUCGGCCAACAGAGGCAAAACGACGUGUUUUUUCAGCUCUCUAGCGCCGCCCUUUGGGCAAAUUGUUGUGUUUUAUGGUUAGUACUUUUGAACAUAAGUUAGGGCGGCCUGAGAGGCAAUUGACCCCCCUGCCCCCCGGCCCAGCCCUC